GCUGUGCGGGCGGGCGUGAGGGCGGCACAUCCCUCCUUUGGCACUCCGUGGUUUGCACARGGAAAGCGAGGAGCUCUGCACCUGGGGAGCCUGUGACAGAAACCCUUUUCUCUGUGUUUUUUCACUAGGGUUGGCUGCAAACGGGUGGAGUGUUUGGUAGGUACAUAGGUUAGGCUACAAGGAGCUGUCAGGUUUUCCUCUUGCAUUUCGUAGGUGACAUUUCAAUSCAUUUACGCUGUAUUGAGCCCCAAGAACUAAUGCCUAUUUGAACUGUGUUGACAAAAUGCAUUGGCUUGAUUUUUCAGGCACUGGGACACAAAAUCCAUUGGCAGUCUGCUGCAAGGGCUUCCUGCUCUCAGUGUUUAAMUAUUUAAGCCAGAUUUCUCCUUGCUUUGGCUUCUGGUUACUAGUUCUGUGAACAUCCAUCCCAUUGAUUUAGAGAGCCUGAAUGGAACUUUUCCCCCCAAACUUACAUUUAAACACUCUAGUGUCCCUUCUCAAUCCACUUUUUGACAAGGUAAACAGAUAAAAUUCCGUAAAUCUUCCCCUGUAAGAGAUUUCCUCCAAUCCAUGAUUUAUUCUUGUCUUUUCUUUCUAUAUCUUGUCAAGUUUUUCAGUAUCUUAUARAAAUGGUCCUUUUCAAAUUGAGUGUUGAAGCCCCAGUGCCGUGGAYGAGGUUCCCCAUGGCCCUUUGCCUUAAGUCUGCAGAGGAUUGUGUUUUCCCUGUUCUCACAGCAUUACACAAGAGCUCACAGUGGCUGAUUGUCUGGUCAAGUCUGAUCACCCAAAGUCUUGGCCUUCCAUGAUGGUGUUUUCCCUUAUCUACAGGUAUGCUUUGGGCUCUUAUUUCUCGGAUGCUUCAUGUGAGGCUGUGUCCAAGUCCAGUCUGUGUGAAUGGACCUGGCUGACUGAUGGACCAGGCUACACACAGCUUUCCCACUUCUGUCACCCACAAACUGUAUCAGUUGUUAUUUUUACUUUCAGAUCCAGGUUGGAAUGCAAUGUUGCAUCUGACCUAUGCUAACUUGAAAAGCAUCAUUUAGCACAACUUGUCUUUAGCUUCUUCUUGAGACUUGCAGGCUGGGCAUUUCUUAAUUCUCUUCGUAUGUGAUUAUGUACAGUAAAUCUUYCUCACAUAUGGUGCUAGGCCAAUGCCUUAUAAAAAUUUUAAGUAUGUUGCACCUAUGCAGUUCCCUUUGUUAAACCAAAUGUAUAAUGAUCUCAUCUAAGAAUGAAAUUAGGGUUUGGGGUUUUUUGGUUUUUUUUUACUACAAAAUCUGUAUUUCAUAAAACCUUUGUGUUACAGAUUUUAUUUUUUCAUUCACUAAUUCUUCAUCUCUACAGAUUUUCCCRAAUUUUGUCCAUCAAGUUGUUUCAUUUGCCUUUUGGGAGUACUGUCAUGAGUAUUAAGUACUCAUGAAGUACUUAAUGACAGUACUCAUGGAGUACUGUCAUGAGUGUCUUAAGGUAUUUCUCAGAUAUCCCAGGUUUAGUUAAGAUCAGAAUCACUGAGCUAGAGAGCUUGUUAGUGAACUCUUUCGGGAUUCCUGUUUCUUUGCUGAUUUAAAAACACAUCCCARGUAGGUGUUGUCUCAUCUCCUACUUUGGUACUAAGGUACUAGAUAGAAGUUGCUAUUUUCAUAUGACUGCUAAAUUCUGUUCCUUUCUUGAUACGGAGUUGGAAGUAUUUGUUGAYGGAAGUAUUUGUUGACUGGUUUCUCCUGUUCUUUGUCACUAGCAUUUUCACUAUUUUUAUCUAGCAUGGAUCAGUGCUACUAGUAGGGUUCCUUUGUUUAUUUUAUGAUUGAAAGGAACGAAAGAGCAAAAUAUUCCUUUCCUUUUACCACUAGUUUUUGCUAGUCACAAAGUUUUUCUUAACAGUUUUCUCUAUUUUUAUAAURUCUAAUUUAUGUUGGUUGCUGUCUGGCCUUCACCGUUUCCAUCUGUUACRUUUCUCCUUACAGGAGAGUUUAAUUCAUAUUCCUAUGCCUUCUUUCUUUUUUUUCCAUGGACAACUCAGUUUAUAGUUUUGCUCACCUUGGAAGUUACCAGGCUCAGCACAGGUUUAUUACUACUAUAUUCCACGUGAACAGGACAAAGCUGCUAGCUUCACUCAAGUUGUUCUCUCAUACUGAAUGCAUCAUCUUGAAGUCUGAAAAAUUACUUGGUUUGCAUGUAGCGUAUUGAAUUAAGUUAGGAAGGCUUUAAAAUUUGGAAUAAUACUUUGCUGAAUGGCUGAAUUCCCUGGGGAGUGGCUCACAAGUUAAAAUUCUUUGCAAUGAUUUUCAUUUUAUAUGUUGAAAUCGCCUUUCCUGGUCCCUGGUUUGAUGUUUUCUAAUAUCUGCUAUCCCUUCCUUUCUUGGAAUCUGCUGCCUAGCAUGGGCAUCCAUAUGUAUUUAAGACUGUACAAUUCCUGUGUUACCAGUAAUUUCAAAGGUGUUGCUGUUUGUGUUUGUGCAGUUCACUGCUAAGCCUAUAGGUUUUAUUGUUUCCCAUGAAGAAACGAAAUAUUUCUUACUAAGGGACUUUCCCAUUGAAUUUCAGAAUUGCCACUUUAUUCCAGCCCUUUUUUUUUUUUCUUAUCAAUGAGAAUUUGUUUACCCAGUCCUGUUGCUGAUGUGGAAAUAAUUGAAGAUACCUUACCCUCAGAAUCUUUGUCACUUUUUUGAGUUUGGAUUAAGUCUUCCUCUUUGGAUUCCCAAGGUUUUUUAUCAUAUUCAAAGUGCUCUAAGUGGUUUUAGAAGUACAGUUGCUUCCAGUGAGACACAAAAUGUAACAACUUGUACAAAAUUCUUCCCUCUUUAGAUGAAGCCUGAGGUUUCGCAGUAUGCAGCUUUUCWGCUUUGUGCACUCAAGCCAACAACGGUUCAGUUAUUUACCUCCCACUCACAAGAAUGGCAUAUUCUCUUAACAAGUUUCCAUGGUCCUUCUUCAGCAUCAUGAAUUCUUUCACCUUGCAUUUUCAUUGCGAUGCCAAUCCAUUCGUUUCUAUAUGUCUCUACUCAAGAAGACUUGACAAUGACUCUGGAGUUCUGUAUGAGAUUGCAUCUUGUAUCUUUGCUGAAAGGCAAUAGCACUUAUUCUUGUCCUUUUCCAAGCUGAUUUUCUUUUCUUAGCUGGAUUUUACAAAUUAUCAUUGCUUUAAAAGGAAACAUCAUGUAGGCUGGAAAUMAUUUAGAAAAGUCACCCACAAACAGUAACUGAAUCUCAGCCGUGACUAACGAUAGUAUUGCUGGUCUAUAAUUCAGUUAAAUCUUCAAGAAAGAUUUGAGACUUUUAUAAUUUAAAGCCUUAUGGUUAAUCAACCAUGUCCCUUGUUAUAGUUUUUUUGUUGGUUAUCACUGCCAUUGAAACUGCCAUUCUAUAUUACUACUUUUUUAUUUUAAUCCAUAGGCUCUUGUUAUGCCUUUGUGGAGUACAUUAAAGUCUUCUGCUAUAAGUCUUUCUUUCUGUAUAAUGAAUUACAGACCAUGAUCAAGUCUCUGUUUUUGUCUUUCCAAAYAGCUAAAUUGAAUUGAGCUGGUUUUGGUAUCUCACAAUAAGGCUUGGCUYCAUGGUGUAGUUCUUAUCUGUUGCCUUUCUUUUCACUUUCAGUGACCAGGCUGUGUAGUGUUCAGUUUAAGUCUUGCUGCAUUAGGCCUAGAUGGCUAUCUUGAGCCACCAAACUUACACUGCCAUACAAGGAUAUCUGCUUCUUUUAAUGAGGUCCUUAAAUUAAAACAAACAGCAUUAUGUUUCUUUUCUUAGGUGAGUGCAACCCCUCAUAGUGUCAACGACACUAUGAUUUUGCCACAUCAGUGUUAGGUUAACUGCCUUACAGCAACCYGGAUGAGAGACUUUGCAAAUAGUUUUUAAGUAAAAGUAUUUGCUGGUCUUCUGGAACACAUUCAGAGCUUCAAAGUUGUUUGGAAAAGAAAGUCCAUUGCUUCCAUCUGCUUGCCAGACAAUUCUUUUCAAAUUACUGAUUGUCAGUUGUUUCUAGCUAUGCAACUUCUAGGAUUUUUAUUUAAUGGGUAGAACUAAGCAUCUUCCUAAAUUUCAUUGGCAAUAGGUAAUAUUUCAUUACCUCACGGAUGUGUCUACAUCAUCCAACUUUCUUCCUAAUAUAGAAUAUAAUUAUGAGAUUCUGUCUGUCUUCUAUAUUUUUAUUGAUUAUUUUAUCAUCUUUAUAUCAACUAAAGGAUAUAUAUAAUGUUUAGGAUUUUCUUCUAAUAUUUUGCAGGUAAUGUACCUGAAAGCUGCCCAAGUUUACUAGUGCAGUUUCAGAACACAGAAUGAAAUUGCUCUGUACACUUCCUUAACUACAAGAUAGGUACCUGUUCAAUCGUCCUUUCAGGUACAACAGAUUAAAUUUGUGUGCAUGGUUUCUUGUUUCUGUAUAAUAGAACACCAAAGUACUAGAGAGAUGUAGUAACUUGGUCCAACAAACAUUUCGAUUUCAUGUAGUGUCUGUGUAAUGAAUGGAAAAAAAACUKCAAGAAAAGAAAUGGUGACACCAAAGAACUAGAGUCUAUGCCUAGUUUUGCUACUGAAGUAGGAUAUGUUUUUGAAGCAUGGACACAGCUAUAAUCUGUGGCCUUUGGCAACCUCUUUCAUUUGUAAAGCUAAUUAACCCCCUUAGGGCCAAGUGCUGCAGAUCAACCGUUUGCUGUUUGUAAGAAUGAAGUGUGGUUACCUCUUGUGUUUCCUGAAGACAGGAAAUGCAAAGUUCAGGGAACUCUGAACUGAGAAUGUUAGAAGAGUGAGAAGAGCUGACAGCAAAAAGGUAACUGAACAAGAGUCUGAGAUUUUAGGUCUCCUGCAAGAGGAUCCCUUCAAGCACUGGCCUUCACCUCACACUCAUUGGACAGCAAUUAAGAAGUCUCUAAGGUACCGAAAAGCUGGAGGCUUGAAUUUGGUAUGCAGAUGUUUGCAUUUCCAAGGGAAAAUACACAGGCAUCUGUAGAUGAAUAAAGGUUGAGAACCACUCCUGCAGACUGCUUCCGUAGGCCGUGCAGCUUCCCUGUGGGAGGUGUGUAGGCCUGGGCAGCACRGCUCAUCCUGCAGGUCCUCUGCCAAACAGGAGCUACCUACAGGUUUAACUAUAGGAUAUAGCUGUAGUAGACUGGGGUGAGRGGGAGGAGUGCCAUAACCCCUGGGGUUGGUGUGUGCGGCUUUGUUACUACAGCACUUGCCAGAGGAUCAGUGUAUGAGGCGGGUGAGGGAAAGACAUAAAUGGUCAUGGGCCUUGAGCUUAUUUCAGCUGGGAAAGCACCUUCCUGCAAAAUCAUCUGCACCCAUCCUCCGACUUCAACUUUCAGAAGUGUUUUCUCAAAAAAACAGAACUCUCCCCAAGCAACUAUUGUGGUGACACUUCCUCUGUGGGURAGGAUGCUUCUGGAGCUCUCAGCAAUGCAAACCUUUGCUUUAAUUUUCUAAAGCAGAAAGAGCAAGCUUUCCUGGCCUCAAAGCUCAGGAAUUAGUUUUUGCUGGAUUGGUAGAGUUUCUACUGCUGUGAGACCACACAGGCACACAAAACUGCCUCUCCCCUUUAUUUUGAAACUUCACAGUGGCAGUUAAUGCAGUUAAAGACACAUUUGUACACUUGACUGAGAUUUGCCCAUUCAAAUUUUAGACAAGUGUCCCUGCCCUGUCGGUUAUAUCUGCAGUGGCAAGAAGUUCAGCUUGUCUAGAAUUCUGACAUCUUCCUAGCCUUGGAUUGGAGGAUAAGAUGGGAUUCCCAAGUGGUCUCUUAAGCAAAUUAGUGAUGUCUAAGAAUGUCUAAUUCUUAACAUCAACUCCCUUCAGUCUGAUAGCCCCAAGCAGAAUGUGUUUGGGGGAUUCUGGUUUAGGACUGUGACAUGGUAUAGGGAACAGAUUUUAUUUUUUCAUGUAAUAGCCACAUCCUUCCCCUUAAUUAAGAGUGUAAAGCCAUUUAUAAAAUAAUUUUGAAGACUUCUAAGUGAGUCUUAACAAUAAUGUUCAGCUAACUGAAGCCAGCUGCUCCACAUGGGAACUGAAAAGACUAAGAAAUGUGUUUUGAAUAAUUAAAAAUAUGUCAUAAAUAACUUAAAUGACUUUAGGAAGAGGAAUAGAAAACUCCAUCUUCAGAACACAGAGGAUCUCUGAAUUAACCAAAUAGUUUAACAACAAGAUGGUUGAUAGUUCAAACAGCUGCAGUUCCUUUAUAUAACAGCUCCUCAGUCUUGCAGUGCUGGCUGCUGAAAGACUUAAUCCCAGUAYAUCCAUAUAAAUAAAGGCAUGAUGUCUUGGAAUAUCUUUCAGAGGAAAGAGACCAAAAGAAACCUAGUCACUUCUUGUAGCUAGAAUGUGGGCGCACUCAGUCCUGAGCGAGGACUGUUUUACAGACUGUCAGAAAAAAAAMCAGAAUGGUGUAGGUGAGUAGGCAGGAAAAGGUGUAUGAAAUGUAGUAUUUAUCAAACAAACCCAGUGCCUCCUAAACUAUAGGAUGCUAAGUGUAUGCUGACCUCUUGAAAAAGCAAUCCUCCAUAUCCUAGAACAUAAGGAUCAAAAGAACUAAGAUAAUUUGAUCUCAUUUCCUCCAUAAUCACAUGGCAACACAACACCACACCGUGCACGCAGCAAAGGACAGCUGGGGAAGGGCUCUGCAACUCUGUAGCAUGGGGAUCUCCAUCCUUCGAGUUACUCGUGGUGUACGGUCAUGAAAGCGGGUCUGGCAGGAUGGACAAAAAGAGCAUGGUCACAUGUUUAACUUCAUUCCCUUACUUUAUUAGUCUGUUUAAAGUGUUGUGUUCUACCAGUCCUUUUGCAUCAGAGAUCAGCGUCUCCUUUUAUGACAUGGCAGCAGCUGCCUGUCAUUGGUGGAUUACAAGGUGAAUGGAAAAGCGUAGUAAAAAGUCAACAGCACUUCCUUGCCCAAGUCACAGGAUCACAGAACGGGUCAGGUUGGAAGGGACCAGAGUAGGUCACUGCUCCACCCUCCCUGCUCAAGCAGGGUCAUCCCGAUCAUAUGASACAGGAUUGCCUCCAGAUAGUUCUGGAAUAUCCCCAGUGAAGGAGACUCCACCACCUUUGUGGGCAAUCUGUCCCAGUGCUCAGUCACUCGCACAGGAAAGUUCUUCCUCAUUCAGGUGGAACUUCCCGUGCAUCAAUUUCUGUCGGUUGCCUCUUGUCCCAGUGGCUGGAGUCUGACAUUCUCCCUUCAGAUMCUUAUAUCCAUGGAUGAGGUCCUCUCUCAGUCGUCUGAGUCUCAGGCUGAACAGGCGCAAUGUUCCAGUGCUCCGCUCACCCUCGCUGCCCUCCGCGAGAAGCGCCGGGGGCGGCCCCACAGAGCCCGAAAUGGCGGCGGGAGCAGGGCGGAAGUGCCCGGGCGGGCGGGCGGAAUCGGCUUCGGCCGGGCAGAGCCGCUUCCGGGGGGCGCGCGCGGCCGGGAACCGCCGGAAGCGCCGGUGUGUGGGGCCCAAGAUGGCGGCGGGGAUGUACCUGGAGCACUACCUGGACAGUAUUGAGAACCUGCCAUUUGAAUUACAGAGAAACUUCCAGCUCAUGCGAGAUCUGGAUCAGAGGACAGAAGACCUCAAGUCAGAGAUCGAUAAGUUGGCCUCGGAGUAUAUCAGCAAUGCACGGACUCUGUCUUCAGAGGAAAAACUGGGGCUUCUCAAGCAAAUCCAAGAGGCCUAUGGAAAGUGCAAGGAAUUUGGGGAUGACAAGGUUCAGCUGGCUAUGCAGACCUACGAGAUGGUCGAUAAGCACAUCCGGCGGCUGGACACAGACCUCGCUCGCUUUGAAGCAGACCUGAAGGAGAAGCAGAUAGAGUCGAGUGACUAUGACAGUUCUUCCAGCAAGGGCAAGAAGAAGGGCCGAGCCCAGAAAGAGAAAAAAGCUGCCCGUGCUCGCUCUAAAGGGAAGAACUCUGAUGAGGAAGCACCAAAAACUGCCCAAAAGAAAUUGAAGCUUGUCCGCACCACAGAGUAUGGGAUGCCUUCAGUCACCUUUGGAAAUGUGCAYCCUUCAGAUGUGCUGGAUAUGCCCGUGGACCCGAAUGAGCCCACUUAYUGCCUGUGCCACCAGGUCUCCUAUGGGGAGAUGAUCGGCUGCGACAACCCAGAUUGUUCCAUUGAAUGGUUUCAUUUUGCCUGUGUGGGUCUGACAACAAAACCAAGAGGAAAAUGGUUCUGCCCUCGCUGUUCCCAGGAGAGGAAGAAGAAGUAAAUUCACAUGAGACCUCAGUACUGCUGCAGGAGCUCUCUUCCCCCUGCCAGAGCCUCAUCCCAGUUCUCCCAGCCCUUGGGGCCUUGGCUGAGGGGAAGUCUUGCCCCCUUUGUGGUUUGGGCCAUCCCUCUCUGUGUACUAUUCCAAACAGGUCUCUGAACCUCCAAGGGAAUGAAUGAGGGCACCAGGGUAGCCACCAGAUUCCCAGGGAUUCAGGUAGCCCCUGAUUUUCCUUGGCUUUCCUUCAGCCUCCUCAGAGUUCAUUGCCUGCUCUCUGCUUAAAGAGCAAGGCUAUGGGAUGGGGGAAGGAAAGAAGGUAAGUCUUCAGCAUUUUAGGUCAUUCAUUUUCCUGGAUCCUUUUCAGGAGAGAGGGAGUAACCAGGCUGCUUCUUAAUCUAGUGGGCUGGUUGAGAGACUGAAAACCUGAUGUGCUCCCUGUCUUUAACCAUUCCACUGCUGGCAUUGAGCAGCCUCUUUUGUUGGGGAGAGGAGGAGGCAGAGGGAAUGUUUAGAGCUAGCUUCGUCUCAUUCCUGGGSUAAACCUGCUGGUCUGGGAAGCACAUUGUGUGAAGGAGGAAGAAUUUCUGACCACCUGGGGAGAAAAGGCUUGGUCCAGUCUGUCUUCCGGCUUCAAAAUUCUGCCUUCCUCUUGUGUAGUGGUGCUUCUCCAUUAUGUUUAUGGUGGGAAGUUUGGGGAUUCAGAUCCCACUUGUAUAAUACAGAAUGAAAUAAAAUUCAUUGAAACAAAUACUCUGUUUGCCUUUAUGYCACCUCCAAAAUAA